AUGGAUCGGCCGAGCACUCCCUCGCGCCCUCCGGAGUAUGGCUACGGCUACGGCUACGGCGUAGACGAGGACCACGACACCCCCACCGGUCAGAAUGCCGCUGGUGUGAGACUGUUGACAUCUGUCGACGGUCUGUCCGGUCUGUCCGAUGACAGCCCUUCACCACUUGCUGCCCGUGUCGAGUCUGUCCAGGACGAGGACCAGGUCAACAAUAUCAGCUCCAAGCGUAUCGCUAGCUUGGCCAAGCAGCAGCAGCAGCAGCAGCAGCAGCAGCAUCAGCAAGAGUUCCAUCGUCAUCAUAUAGGUGGCCGGCCAAAGAUCAUUCAGUACCAGCCCAGCAACAUGUCAUCGUACACCCGCACGGCCUCUAGCCUAGGUGACGUGCCCAGCAUGCCUCCCCCCGACUCCACCUACGUCCCCUUCUCCAACCGGGAACCCAGCGGCGGCUCUCCCCAACGCUCGUGGUCCCCCAGCUCAGAGUACACGCGCCCCCCGCCGACGAACCUGUCGUACGAGCCUGCCGACAUCAACGGAAGUCCCAGACCCGGCACGCCCUCCUCACGGUACGGCGGCAGCCCCCGGCGUCCCCUCCCGCCCGCGCCCCUCUUCUCGAACCCGGGAGCUCGCGUCUCUCAGCAGACGUUUGCCGACGACGCGACCGUGUCGAUCCCUCUCAGCGACGGCGUCGACGGCGAUGAUGUGUUCGGACCCGAGUCGGACAUUGGUCACCGGCCGCACGCCAUGCCCGGCCACCUACCGGGCGACCGCGACUCGCACGUGUCCAGCGAUCAGGAGACUAUCAACGAGAUACCCGGGUCCUACGAAAAGGUCGAGCACUAUGGCCCCGCCCCCGAUGGAGCGCAGGAGCGCCGCGGCGUCCGCGCCCCUCAGAUGUCGAGGAAGGAGGUGCAGCUCAUCAACGGUGAGCUGGUGCUCGAGUGUAAGAUCCCCACGAUCCUGUACAGCUUCCUGCCCCGACGCGACGAGGUCGAGUUCACGCACAUGCGGUACACGGCCGUGACGUGUGACCCGGAUGACUUUGUCGACCGGGGGUACAAGCUCAGGCAGACGAUCGGGCGGACGACGCGCGAGACGGAGAUCUUCAUCUGCAUCACCAUGUACAACGAAGACGAGGUGGGUUUCACGCGCACCAUGCACGCCGUCAUGAAGAACAUCUCGCACUUUUGCUCGCGCAACAAGUCGCGCAUCUGGGGAGCCGAGGGCUGGCAGAAGAUUGUCGUCUGCAUCAUCUCGGACGGCCGCGAGAAGAUCAACGCUCGCACCCUCGACGCCCUAGCCGCCAUGGGCGUGUACCAGCACGGCAUCGCAAAGAACUACGUCAACAACCGCGCCGUCCAGGCCCACGUCUACGAGUACACGACGCAGGUCUCGCUCGACUCAGACCUCAAAUUCAAGGGAGCCGAGAAGGGCAUCGUCCCCUGCCAGAUGAUCUUCUGCCUCAAGGAGAAGAACCAGCGCAAGCUCAACUCCCACCGGUGGUUCUUCAAUGCCUUUGGCCGCUCCCUCAACCCGAACGUCUGCAUCCUGCUCGACGUCGGCACCCGCCCCACCAGCAACUCGCUCUACCACCUCUGGAAGGCCUUCGACACCGACUCCAACGUCGCCGGAGCCUGCGGAGAGAUCAAAGCCAUGAAGGGCCGUCUGGGGUCCAACCUUCUCAACCCGCUCGUGGCCUCGCAGAACUUUGAGUAUAAGAUGUCCAACAUCCUCGACAAGCCCCUCGAGUCCGUCUUCGGCUACAUCACCGUCCUGCCCGGCGCCCUGAGCGCCUACCGCUACCACGCCCUGCAGAACGACGAGACCGGUCACGGGCCCCUCAGCCAGUACUUUAAGGGAGAGACGCUCCACGGCCAGGACGCCGACGUCUUCACCGCAAACAUGUACCUCGCCGAGGACCGUAUUCUCUGCUGGGAGCUAGUCAACAAGCGAAACGAGAGAUGGGUCCUCAAAUAUGUUAAGGGUUGCAAGGGAGAGACAGAUGUACCUGACACGAUUCCCGAAUUCAUCUCUCAGCGUCGUCGCUGGCUCAACGGAGCCUUCUUCGCCGCCGUCUACUCCAUCGUGCAGUUCCGACAGAUCCUAGGCACGGACCACACUCUGGCGCGCAAGGUGCUCCUCAUGAUGGAGGAGGUGUACCAGACUCUGCAGCUCCUGUUCACGUACUUCUCGCUGGCCAACUUCUACCUGACAUUCUACUUCAUCUCUGGCGGACUGGCGGAUCCCGAGGUGGACCCGUUCGGGCACGGCAUCGGCAAGGUCAUCUUCAUCAUACUGCGGUUCAUGUGCAUCCUGUGCAUAUGCUCGCAGUUCAUCCUGUCGCUGGGGAACCGGCCUCAGGGUGCCAAAAAGAUGUAUCUGGGCAGCAUGAUCAUCUACGCCGUCAUCAUGGUGUACACGACCUUUGCGAUUAUCUGGAUCGUGGUGCGGCAGCUGACGGAGAAGGACGGCGUCAAGCUGACGGACGGCGUCUUCGUCAACAUCAUCGUGUCCGUGGUGUCGACCUUUGGCCUGUACGUCAGCAUGUCCCUGCUGUACCUGGAGCCGUGGCACCUGAUCACGUCGUGGGCCCAGUACUUCCUCCUGCUGCCCAGCUACAUCUGCCUGCUGCAGGUGUACGCCUUCUGCAACACGCACGACGUGACGUGGGGCACCAAGGGAGACAACGUGAUGCGCAGCGACCUGGGCCAGGCAGUCGGCAAGGGAGCCACGGUCGAGCUGGAGAUGCCAUCGGAGCAGCUGGACAUCGACUCUGGCUACGAUGAGGCCCUGCGCAACCUGCGAGACCGCGUCGCCGUCGUCACUCCGGGGCCCUCGGUCGCCCAGCUCCAGGAGGACUACUACAAGUCCGUCCGCACCUACAUGGUCCUCGUGUGGAUGAUCGCCAACGGCCUGCUGGCCAUGGGUGUCUCCGAGGCCUACGGCGGAACCGACGUCGGCACGAACAUCUACCUCAGCUUCAUCCUGUGGAGCGUUGCCGGCCUGGCUCUCUUCCGCGCCGUGGGCUCGACAGCCUUUGCCAUCAUCAACUUUAUCAACAUUGUCGUCGAGGGUCGCGUCCGCAUCAGUCUCAAGGUGCCCAAGUGGCUGGGUAGUUUCGGUUCAAGGCUAUCUGGUGCUGUUAGCAGCGUCGGAUCAAGUCUAAGGAGUUGA